AUGGGCGGCCCCUGGCUCAUCGCGCUGCGCAUUCCCGCGCGCAAGUGCAACGCCUUCAUGCAGGCGCUCCAGGGCCACGCGCCCUGCACGACGCGGCUGCUGCUGCUCGACGAGGGGAUCGACGACCUGCAGCUGACCAAGCUGCCCGACGAGCUGAGGGACUACGUCGCUGCAGAGGGCGGCGAACCCGUCCGCCACUCGGUCACAAUCGGGUGCGACGGCUUCAGCGCCGAGCGGUUCAGCGCCGAGCAAGUGCUUCGGCGGCUGCUGCCCGAGGGGAUGGAGGUGCCCAGCGCCUUUGAGCAGGUGGGGCACGUGGCGCACAUGAACUUGCGCGAGGAGCAUCUGCCGUACAAGGCGCUGAUUGGAGAGGACCUCGAGACGACGGUGCGCGAGGCGGGGCGCCUGUGGCUCGGAUUGCUCGGUCCCUUUCCUCACCACCGGGGUGGCUGCAUUGGUGAGGUGCGCGAGAACGGCGCCACUUUCGCCCUCGACUACCGCGAGGUGCUGCAAGCCGCCGCUGUAGCUCCUCGGCGUGGCCGGCUCGCCUCAGUGGAGCGUGCCGUGCUACACCAGGACCUCAACCCGCAGUCAGCAAAGUGGCUGCGCACAAACGUGCUGCGGAACAAGGCGCCGACGCUGGCGUUUGGGCCCUUCAGCCACAUCCUGAUGAACCUCCCCGCUUCGGCGCUCGAGUUUCUCGACGCGCUGGUGGGCGCUUUCGACGCGGAGACGUGGCACGCGCCGCUGCCGCGCGUGCACUGCUACUGCUUCUCCAAGGUUGCUCUCUGA